AGGCCAUUAUUAAAAACUUGACUAAAGAACAAGACAUUAAAAUGAAUGAAUUAGCUUGCUAUAUCCAACAAGGAUGGAUAUACUUCAACCACAGUUUAUAUUACGUUUCAUCUACUAAAAACACCUGGAAUGACAGCAGAGAGGACUGUCUGCAGAGAGGGGCAGACCUGGUGAUUAUCAACAGCAGAGAGGAACAGAACUUCAUAAGAGAGUUUAAAACUCGGACAUGGAUUGGAAUGACUGACGCAGAAAAAGAACAGACAUGGAAAUGGGUGGAUGGGACAACACUUACCAUCAGCUUCUGGGACACCGACGAGCCUAACGAUGCUGGUGGAGAUGAAGAUUGUGGAGAAAUCUAUUUGUAUGAAACAGAAAACUCCUGGAAUGAUGAACCGUGUGACAGUAAAAAUGUCUGGAUUUGUGAAAAAAAUUUAUAG